CUCGUCGGUAAAGCAAUCUACAACCUCUACUUUCACCCUCUAUCGGCAUAUCCAGGGCCAGCUCUCUCUGCUAUCUCGGAUUUGAUCUAUCUUUUUCACUGGAUGAGGGGAGAUCUUGUUGGCUACAUUUUACGCACCCAUCAAGUAUACGGACCCGUUGUUCGUCUCUCGACAAACAGACUUGGCUAUACCAAUAGUCGAGCCUGGAAAGACGUCCAUGGUCACAAGACUGCUUCCCAAAGAAAGAUUGAUAAUCAGAAAGAUCCACAAAUGUAUGGCCCAGAGAGUAAUGGCCGAUACUCGCUGUUAGCGACCAUCAACGAUGUCGACCACGGGCAACUACGAAAGCUUUUCACGCACGGCUUCUCUGAACGCGCUCUAAAAUCUCAAGAGCACCUUAUCCGGGCCAACGUUGACAAGCUGAUACGCAAUAUUGAUCAGUCUCUCACAUUGAGCCCCAACGCGCCAUUAGAUUUUGUCCGACUGUUCAACUGCGUCACUUUCGACACGACUGGAGAACUGGCCUUUGGCGAAACUUUGGGGCUUCUUGAUGGUAACGAGAGGAUGUAUGGCUGGGUAGACAGCCUCACUGAGAGUACUAUACUUGCCCCGUAUCUCCAAGUUCUCUCCGGAUUUCCUCCAGCACUAGCCGCUGUUUACGCAUGUCUUUCAGAAGAGGUCAAGCUUAGUUUCGAAAGAACUAGCCGUUACGCAUCUGAUCUGGUCGACAAGCGGAUGAAUAAAGGGCUUAUUACCGAAACAGCUGACUUUUGGACCCUGAUUCUCAAGGCAAACGAAGACAAUUGCAUCGAUGUUCAGGACAUGAAAGCCAACGCAAAUUUGUUCAUGGCAGCCGGAACGGAAACGACAGCUACCAUGCUCUCUGGCUUCAUGUUCAAUAUCCUUUCCAAUCCCGACAAAUUAGAGAAGGUCGUGAAGGAAGUCCGUCGAAGCUUCACUUCUGCCGAAGAGUUGACAUCCAUCAACAUUCAGAAGUUAAAAUAUCUUGCAGCCUGUUGUGACGAGUCAAUGAGAUUAUAUCCCUCCACUCCAAUAGGACCACCUCGUAUAGUGCUCGGCAAUGGAGGCGAGGUAUGCGGACAAUUCGUACCUAAAGGAACUAGGGUUUCAGUCUCAACCUUCGCAGCGUUCCGCUCGCCAGACAAUUUCGCGAACCCUGUGUCUUUUGUCCCAGAACGUUGGAUACCCACCGAUCCUCUAUACAAACAGUACGCCAACGAUAAUCGAGAUGUGUUUCAGCCAUUCUCUUUCGGGCCAAGAAACUGUAUUGGAAGAAGUUUAGCUCUUUAUGUAAUUCGCCUCGUCGCUGCUAGACUGUUAUGGAGCUACGAUUUCGAGCUGUGCGAGGAAAGUGCAAGAAGCUGGCUGGAUCAAAAGAUGUACUGGGCUUUGUGGCACAAGCCUCCCCUUUGGCUGAAGGCUACACCAGUAAAGCAGGGAAACUAA